ACCUCAAGGAUGUUAUUGUCAGUGUCAGAUCGAUUACGUUUAAUAGAAACGUCAAAAUCAGCUUUAAGGUUAUAAAACUAAAAAGUAUAUAUUCUUAUAUCCUAAUAAUGGAAGAUGAUGAUGAUGUGCCAAGUCUGUCUGCAGAGACGUUUGCAGCUCUGCAGGAAUUCUAUGCUGAGCAGCAGAAGCGGCAGGAGAUCUUAGACAAACUAGAAGGUGACAAUAAACUGAAUGAGAACAUUCUGUUUGAUGAAAACUGGCAACUAAGUCAGUUCUGGUAUGAUGAGGCGACAGUGCAGGCUCUGGUGAAAGUAAUCGACGCAUCCCUGGCUGACGGCGGGCGGGUCGCGCUUAUCUCCUGUCCCACCCUGUUUGUACCCGUCAAGAGACAGAUAGGCGACCGUGCUACGGUAACACUUCUCGAGUAUGACCGGCGCUUUGAGGUCCACGCGCCAGACUUCGUGUUCUACGACUACAACAGCCCUGAGAAGCUGCCUCCUGACACUCUCGACUCAUACGACCUAGUGGUCGCAGACCCGCCGUUCCUCUCCGAUGAAUGCAUCACCAAGACCUCAGAAACGAUUAAGCUAAUGGCCAAAGACAAGAUAGUAGUAUGCACGGGAGCGAUAAUGAAGGAUAAAGUGCAAAGCCUUCUCAAUUUAAACCUGUGCAAGUUCAAACCACAUCAUAGGAACAACUUGGCCAAUGAGUUCUCGUGUUAUGCUAAUUUUAAAUUAGACGACAUUUUGAGUUGACAGCCUUAGGACUUGAAGUGUGUAUCUUUAAUUUGUAAGUUAAAUAUAGGUCUGGUGCAUUCAGAAUAUUUUAAA